AUGGAAGUAAUUUCAACCAAGAAGUUUAUUCUGUUUGCUUUAGCUACAGUGGUCUUUCUCACAUCGAAGAGCAUAUGCCUAAAUGAACCAAUGAAGUCCAGGCUGCAGAGCAGAGAAGACAAUGAUGAUAAAUAUUAUGAGAUUAAAGAUAAUAUUUCGGAAGAAAAGCAGAGGAGUCUCAAUUUUGAUGAAAUGGAAGACUGGGGAUCAAAAGACAUCAUUAAAAUGAAUCCUUUUACAGCAAACAAGAUGCCAAAUUCAGUUGCUAACUUACCUCUUAGAUUUGGAAGAAAUUACCUAGAAGAAAGAAGCAUUAAACCAUUUGCUAAUUUGCCCCUGAGAUUUGGAAGAGCUUUUGCAGAGAACAUACCUCAUCGUGCUCCAAAGGUAUCACACAGGCUUGGGAGAUCUCCAGUUGUUAAGGGUUCCAGUCAAUCACUUCUAAAUUUGCCACAGAGAUUUGGGAAGUCACUGACUGUCAAUCUGCCUCAAGACAUUCAGGAAUCCAACCCAGGGAUUUGA